AUGGGACACUCCCACAACACAGAGAGGGCACUCCCAGACAGGACGAGCCGAGCGAGGUUCAGCCGAGAGCACGAACAAGUUAUGUUAGAAUCCACCACCACGAUCUGCUUAAAUAAACACAGAGAGAAAGAGGGAAAGAGGGAGGAGGGGUUGGCUGUCGGUGUGUGGAGGUGCUCCCUCAAGUGUCCUCUUGGGGACAAGUAUGUGCGAGCAGGCGAGGAUGUGUACCUCUACAGGUCUGAAUACCCUCACAGAGUGAAAUACAUUUGUGACAGUUCUGGAUGGUACUCCAUGAUUAGAGAGGUGCAGUGCUCUGGGCCCUGCACUAAGGCAGGGAGGAAGAAGGAAGAGGGCACUGCAUUUCCAUCGUGUCCCAUCCUUCCUGCAGUGCUGACCAGCAGGCGUGGUGUGGACAAAAACGUGGUCAGGCGGCUGAGAGACAGGACAGAGGGUCACACCAUGGCCAAAGGGUGGAGACAGAUACAGGAAAACCACAGCAAUUAUUUUCAAAGGAAGGACCUGUAG